AUGGAAGCUUGUUUGAAUUCUUCUCCAUCUGUUGUUCCAUCAAAGGAAAUUGAUGAUCCAACUGAUAAGAAGCCACUUGGUUGGGUUGAUGAAGAAUUAAUGGAUGAUCCAGAAGCCAGUAAGCUGGAAGAUUGGGAUGAAACAUUGUCAAGAGAAGAAGAAUUUAUUUCAGAUCCAGAAGAUAACAUGUUGGAGGAUUGGUUAGAAAAUGAACAAGACAUGAUUCCAGAUUCAGAAGCCAAAAUGUUGGAAUGGGAUGAGGAUGAAGAUGGUGCUUGGGAAACUCCAAUUGUUGGGAAUAAGAAGUGUGAAACUCAACCAAGAUUGAUUAAAAAUCCAGCUUACAGGGGUAAAUGGGUUGCUCGAGAUUAA